GUGGAAAAAUGGAAAUGGCUGCGAAAGAUGCUAGUUAAAAAAUUGCGGCCGAUCCCUUGCUAUUUCUCUCAUUUUUGUCUCUUGUUUCCUUUUCAAGUUUCAACCACCAGGCGCCACCCAACAAUGGAAGUGAAACGUCGCACGGCUCGAUCUCUAGUCGCCAGGCUCAGCUCCGUUUCUCAGCAAACAAGAACCGAGGCACUAUGUGAGCUCCGCCUCAUCUCCAAGCACGACCCCGACAGCCGCUGCUUCAUCGCCGACGCCGGCGCUGUUCCCUACCUUUGCGAAACUCUUUACUCCGCCCUUCCCCUCGAACAAGAAAACGCUGCCGCCACCCUCCUCAACCUCUCCAUCUCCAGCCGCCAACUCCUCAUGUCCACGCGCGGUCUCCUCGACGCUCUCUCUCAUGCUCUCCGCUCCCCCUCCUCCUCCCCCGCCGCCAUCCAGGCAUGCGCCGCCACCCUCUACAGCCUUCUCGUUGAUGAUGAUUACCGCCCCAUCAUCGGAGCAAAGCGCGACAUCGUCUACGCACUCGUGGACAUUAUACGUACCCCCCACGCGCCCCCAAGGUCCAUCAAGGAUGCCCUCAAGGCACUCUUCGGGAUCUCCCUCUACCCGCUCAACCGCGCCUCCAUGGUCGGGCUCGGCGCCGUGGCGGCGCUGUUCUCGCUGGCUGUGAAGGACGGGCGCGUCGGAAUCGUGGAGGACGCCACGGCGGUGAUCGCGCAGAUCGCCGGAUGCGAGGAGGGUGGAGACGCGUUUCGGAAGGUCUCCGGAAUUGGGGUUUUGGUGGACUUGCUCGAUCCUUCCACGGGAUCAAGUAUAAGGACCAAGGAGAAUGCAGUGUCAGCGCUGUUGAAUUUGGCGCAAUGCGGAGGCGAGAGGAUCGCCGGAGAUAUGAGGGAGGCGGGGAUGGGGUUGUACGAUGGCAUUGCAGUCGUUGCAGAUGGUGGAAGCCCCAAAGGGAAGAGCAAGGCCAUUGCAUUAUUGAAGCUUCUAGAUGGAGGGAGAGAACCUCGGUUUGCUUCAAAUCCUGAUCGUGAAUAUAGUUGAAUUUUCAUAUAGCUAUGUUUGAUUUGUUGUAGCUUGCUCAUCCUUUUUCCACUUCAUUUUUUUUAGGGAAUUCAUAUGCUUUGUUGGGGUAUAUUGUACAAAAUAGGGUCUUGAAUUAUAUUGAUAUUUGAAUGAUUUCGAAUAAUAGUGUAACUCAAGUUAUAUUGCCUUGUAAAUCGUCCAAUUCAGAUAGAAAACGACAGCUUUCAUAUAUUUUCUUUGA